UUUUGGUGUUUAGUAUUGUUUGUUAGUAACCUACUUGUCAUAUAUCAAAUUUAGAAUAUAAUCACAAACUUUCUAAUUGUAUAGUCAAAGAAUAGUUAAAAUAAUUUGGUUUUAACUUGAUUGCAGUCAGAACUGAAACUCCUUGGAACUGUGAUACUUUAUUUAUUAACUGUUUUGUAUUUGUAUUGACAUUGGCCUAGGCUAACUUAACUAAGGAAGUUCCAACCAACAUCUUGUGUCUAUUUUCUAAUUGUCUGAUUUAAGUUUUGCGUUUUACUUAGUUUAAUAAAACACGAGAUGGUUAAACUUUAUGCAUUAAACGUUCUAUUCAAGGGAGUCCAUAAUGCAGUAUGGCUAAAAUCAUCUUAUGACUUGUCAACAUUUGGAUUCUUUCAAAGAGGAAGUGUUCAAGAAUUUAUGGGAUUUGUUAGCAAAACAAUAGUCGAAAGGACUCAAACGGCAGCCAGACAGUCGGUAAAGGAAGGAGAAUAUACAUGUCACGUGUAUGUCCGAGGCGAUAACCUGGCUGGGGUUCUUUUAUCAGAUCAUGAAUAUCCUCACAGAGUUGCCCACACCUUGUUGACUAAAGUGCUGGACGACUUUGCGGCCAAGGUGCCAUCUCACGAGUGGCCCACGGCUAACGAAGCUACCAUCGCUUUCCCGCAACUGAACACGUACCUCUCUAAAUACCAGAACCCCAGAGAAGCUGAUGCUAUGACCAAGAUCCAAGACGAACUGGAUGAGACUAAGAUUAUUUUACAUAACACAAUAGAGGCAGUUCUGGAGAGGGGGGAAAAGCUUGAUGAUUUGGUUUCCAAAUCGGAAGGACUGAGUAUGCAGUCGAAGGCGUUCUACAAGACUGCUCGAAAAACCAACUCCUGCUGCAGCUAUGUAGGUUAAAUAAUUACAAUAUGGUAUUUAACAUUGUUGUAAUAAACCAUUUUUGCAAAUAUUGUUUAUAUUAAAUUUUUAAGGAUGUAUAUUUUUAUAUUUUAUCCGAUAGUGAAAUAUAUAUUUACAGAUUUUUAAUUUUUUUAUAGGUUUUUAAAAAAUAUCUCAAGACGUUUUAUAAAAAUACUAAAACUUAGGUCUAUAGAUGAGAGUAUUUGUUUACUUUUAAAUUUGCAUGAAAACUCCUUAUAAAGGAACUAUAAAUUGAUAUUUUGCCAUUCUACACAGUAAACAGUUCUGGAUUUUUUGACAAGACAGUUGUUUACAGAAAGGAAUAGGUAAAAUCAGCUGGAGGGCUGUAAAUUUACCGAGCACAUUUACAGGGCAAUUGUUCAAAAAGGAAUUGUAUUGGUUUCUUCAGAAUGCUCUCAAUGAAGCUAUACAAUAAAUACUAAUCAGAUUUGGCACAUUGGACUUCCAUAGUAAAUAUUGUAAAAUGUUACCUUUUUAACAAAAUUAGAACAUUUUUUUUGUAUUACUAUCAAUUGAGAUAGGGACACCACCUAUAUGCGUAUCUUAACCCAAAUAUGAGUGAAGGAUGAGUGUAGAAUGGUGUGUGAUGACCUAGCUUUGUUACUGACAAAAGAUCAGCUGUAUUAUUAUUUAUUAGUCAGUCAGGAUCAAUUUUUUUAAGCCAGAUCAGUGACAGCUGGUUCCAGUUUCAAUCUAUCAAAAAGCUACUCACUUUUCUCAGGAUCGAUCCAGUAACCUUGUAUUGAUGGUAUUGGUAAUGUUUAACCCUGUUGCUGGUGCUGUAGCGAAAAGUAUCAUAUACGCCUCAUCCAGAAAUUCCUGUAGGCUAUAUUAACAAUUAUUGGCCAUCCUCAAUAAGAUAAAAAUUUAAAUACUUCACAAAAGUUAAAUUGUAUACUAAUAAGAGCAGGAUUUUCUUAACUUAUAAUUAUCAUCCAUACAAAUUAAGUAGGUAGCAGAAAGGAUAGUUAUUAUGUCCUACAUACAUUAUAUUGUAAACAUGUACUAGUUUGUUGAGCUUUGCCUUUCAGCUCAAUUUUGUGUGGAAAAAAUGUCACAACUAUGAUUAGGCCUAUGAUGUUAAGAUGUUCAUAUUCAACAAAAUUGGAACAAAACCUUUUUUUGUUAUAAAAACUGUUUUGUAAGCUAGUAAAUUUUAAUAAUUUGCUAUUAUAAUUGAAUACAUUAUAGCUAGUUUAUUUGUGUACUUAUGUUUAUAUCCAUUUUAUGCACAGUAAAGUUUAUUCAUCGUGUUACGUUACAUUCCUUAUUGCAAUACUCGAUCUAAUGUCUUCUGUUAUAUUUCUUGUUUUUAAUGGGUUUUAAAGGGAAAUGUUACUAAAUGGUGUGUAAGCAUAACUGUUAUCUUUAAUGCCUGGUUUUUAUUGUUAAUAGGUGAAAAAAAUCGUUACCAUUCCACGCUCUCUUAAAAAUACUGUAUAAUUAUUUUUGUUAAAACUCAAGCCCACGUUUUUUCAUAUUAUGUAACAGUUGGUUGUGUGAUCAUCAAACGAAUUGUUAAAAUAAGUUUUAGUCACGAUUUACAAACAUCGUUUUGGGUUUCUAGCAUUAAAAUGUGUCUUCAUAUAGUCGGGGAGAAUCUCCACCGGAAUUGGAAUUUAAUUUGUAAAGACAAAAUAUACAACCUUUUCUGUCUAUUAAAAUUUCAUUUAUUAGGUUCACUUGUACUUGUACUAGCUUAUUAUUCAUUUAUUUUGCACACCUGCUUUUGGUGUCUUUGAACUUUUAAAAACUGUGUCAAAAAAUAGUCAAAAACACAAUUGAAUUCAGAUCCUGAAGUUUUAUCUGUACUCGAAAAUAUCAAUUGAAUCAAUGUGUCAUAGAUUGAAGUGUAAAUGAAUGAGAUGUAUGAUUAAAAAAAUGUAAACUCUCGAAUCAAUGUCAGUGUACGAAUAAGAUGCAACACUUCUAAUAUCAUACACAGGAUAACUGACUCAUUGGAAUAUCAGACUCUUUUUGGCAAUGAGUCAUUAUCUCCGAUUUAUCAUUUGAAAUAUCACCAAUCCAAUCAAUCUUAUAAGUUAUGAUAAAUAUUGCAUUUGUCUUACACCAAAUGAGUUUAUUACAUACCUUAAUCUGUUUUUUUUUUGCUCCUGUCAAAAGUUAUUAUGUUCUCCAUUUAAUUUUUUCAUCUUCUAACCGAACAAGUUCUUUUGUUUGAUAUGAGGGGCUGGACACAAUUUUUAUAAAAGUAUAUGUAAUUUGUGUUUAUUCCUGACUGAAAAAUUGAAUCAUAAUUUAUCUUUAAGUUAUGUUAAUUUUAAUAAUUAUUAACAGAUUAUUAUUAAAAUAUCCUUAAAUGAUAACUGUUAUGUGUUUUUUCCAUGUGUAUAUUGUAAUUUUAUGUACGGCCUAUCAAAGUUGUAUGAUGGUGUAUAGUUUUUUAGUUUAAUUGUUAGGUUUUGGAUUUUAUUGAACAUUUUUGAAGCGAUAAAAACACUUUUUUUUACAUGCUUAACCUGUUGGCAAAAACCCUUUUUUGUGUGUACAGUAUUGAGAUAUAUAUUAGUAUAUUUAAUCAUUAGGGCGUAAAGUGAUUCCUUUUUGACCCGAGCUUAAGUUAUACAGAAAAUGAGCGAGAGUUGAAAAAGACACUUUUUUAUCCAUAUGAUGAAUUAUUUUUUUUUGUUAUAAUGCAGCAUUAAUUAACAAACCAAGUUAGAAAACGAAAAUACUAUCCACGUAAAGAUAACCACUUAAAAUGACUCCCAACUUUUUUUUUCAAUUUUGCUCAAGUAAAUAAGCAGCUGUUUAGUAAUUGAUUCACCAUUCUGUCUUUUACGAUUGUGUUUCUGCACAUUAUACUGUACCAUCGAUAUGUCCAAACUAUUGACAAGAAUGCAACAAUAAGCCACAACCGAUUAAACCAAUCGAUAAAUAAUUUUGAUACAUGUGAUUGCCUACAAUCGAAGUUUACAACUGUUUUUUUUACAACAGCUGACUUUUACUCGAUAGGAACUAAAAAUGCUUUUUAGUCUUUCUACACUUCCGCAACACAUGUAUUAAAAACAGCUGUGUUUGCUGCAGUAUGAAAAAAAUAUCUAAUUGAAUUAUUAUUCUGUAAAAUGAAAUAGAUUUAUCUCUCAAUUAUUAAUAGCAGGUUUAAACAAUUUUCAUUUUAGUUCUUUUUUUAAAUUCAGGUUUAAAUGUGUUGAGCUGAGUGGUAAAACAUUAUGUUCCUUGGACAAGAUGUUUUAAAAGAAAACAUAUUUUACAAAUACAUUAGUUUUAUAUGGGUCGUCUUCCUGAUCUGAGUGUGGAAUGUUGUAGACGUUGUCAGAAUGUCGUCUUGAAGGUGUAACUGUAAAAUUCCUGUUAAUGAAACUGUGAGCUUGUUCAAGUGUAACUUAAAGGACAUCGGUUUGUUUUGCCAUCAAUGUAAUGGUUAUAUUAUCCGUGUGUGUUCACUGUUGUCGAAAAGUUGAGCUAUUAAAGCAGUGUUCUUUAUA